AUGGGCGCUAAUUUGACGUCACCACAGCAACAUCGUUCGCAGACAUCUGUCUGUAAUCACCUGUUCUCACCGGGGGAUGGUGGCCCGACGUUUGCACCGCAACGUGAGCGCGCUGUCGUCAAGGAAUCCAUGCUAAUGCAAGGAUGGAACUGGAGCAAAAGAAAUAUUCAACCUGUUAUGAGUAGAAGGUCAUAUGCGAAAAGCGAAGCUUCUUCCGAUGCAACUUCUUCUCGCUCCAGUGAUAGUCUCGUAUCAUUCACAAGAAAUGUUGGAUCUCAAUACGGCAAUGGAAAAGUAUCCAUUUCCCUUGACAAAAACCAAAACUAUAGCGCAAAAUCUGCGGACAGCUCGACAACGACAAUAAUCCCUAACUAUUAUAGUAUUCGCGACGAGAUUCGACGGGGAUUCCAUUUAAAUAAACAAGAUUUGGCUAAUAAUAACCUUAAUCGAAACGCUAUUGGAUCGCCGAAGCAUAUCCCAAGACCCCGAAUUCGCGACGAAAAUUCUAACGCUCUAACUCCAACUGAACCAGAACCUACUACUACACUUCAAGAUACUACUCGAUCACGAAAAACAAUAAUCCAAGCUUCUACAUCGGAACUUUUACGAGGUCUUGGCUCCUAUAUUGCCAGUAUGUGUGUCGUCCCGGAAUUCGAAGCCGCCCAUCUAGUAACAUGGCUUCGUUCUGUAGACAGAUCUCUCUUGCUACAAGGCUGGCAGGAUAUCGCAUUUAUUAAUCCAGCGAAUCUCGUGUUCAUUUUUAUGAUUGUUCGUGAUAUUUUACCAGACGAACGCCACACAAUUGGAUCUCUCGAGGAAUUGCACGCAUGGAUACUCAGCUGCCUUUAUGUAUCCUAUUCGUAUAUGGGUAACGAAAUAUCGUAUCCACUGAAGCCAUUUCUCGUUGAGACAGAUCGCAACGCAUUCUGGACCCGCUGUGUUCGAAUGGUAAACUCGCAUAGUAAAAAGAUGCUUCUUCUCAACUCAUCAUCGACAUUUUUCACCGAGGUCUUCACCGAUCUCAAGCAAUUCUCAAUCGACACCUAG